ACGUCAGUUGAUAACUAAGGAGUGUGAUAUGGAUGGAGUGAAGGUGCUCUCUCCUUGAAAGAAGGGAAACAACGGAACGAGUGGGAAAACUUCUACUCUAUGUGACCAGACAUGUAUUAGAGGUGUCAUGUUACCAGCUUGGGCGGUCGGGAGAGUGGUUGCUCGAGCGUUUGUCUCAGGAAUUAAUUAUUCUGGUAGUGGUAACCGCGAGAACAAAAGUCUAGUUGAGGAUCAGAAGCUUUCCUCUAUCCAAUUAAACGCAGCAGCAUGUGGAUACUCAAAGUCAUUUUCAUCAGCACAGAUAUUCAAAAAAUAUAUCUUCGGUGACGACUCCUGUUUUAUAGCCAGGCAUCGACUUGGGGAUGUUAUAGGUGUGGCUGAUGGUGUGGGAGGAUGGCGUGCCUAUGGUGUCGAUCCAUCCCAAUUUGCACAUUCCCUUAUGCGCACAUGCGAGCGCCUGGUCAGUGAGGGUCACUUCCGUCCCGAAUCUCCAGAAGCCAUUAUAGCUGCAAGUUAUUCAGAGCUUAUGGAAAACAAAGUACCACUUUUAGGAAGUUCAACAGCAUGUGUUGUAUCACUCUUCCGUGAAGAAAAGACAAUCUACACAGCUAACCUUGGAGACAGUGGGUUUCUUCUUAUACGUAAUGGCAAUGUAGUCCACAGAUCUGAGGAACAAACACACUACUUCAACACACCUUUCCAGCUAGCAGUAGCUCCACCUAUGCAAGAGGGUCUGGUGUUAAGUGAUAGUCCAGAGUCUGCCCAGCGUACCUCCUUUAGUGUGGAAGAAGGUGACAUAAUCGUGGUGGGAACUGAUGGGCUGUUUGACAACAUGAGUGAAGGAAUGAUUUUAGAACAUCUUAAGACACUUAAGGACCAUAAACCAGAGAACAUUAAACGCACAGCUAGAACUCUUGCUAAGACGGCAAGAGAACUCUCAUUUGAUCCUGACUACAUGUCUCCCUUUGCACAGCAAGCUCAGGAACACGGAAUAGAAUGUAAAGGAGGCAAGCCAGAUGAUAUCACAGUAAUUUUAGCCUGUGUGCAAUUAGGAGACACCUUUAGCUAGCAUUCAUCAGUGUUAAAGAAACUGCCCAGAAAACAUUAACUGCCACAGAAUAGUGUCACUCCAAGAGAACUGCUUUGAAAUACCACAAGGAUGUGCUCAAAAAGAAUCAGAAAUAUUCUAGUCCAGAAAAGUCUUUUCGAUUUCAAUGAAGAACGGAACUUUGAAACACUGGUCAUGAGCACAGUUAGUAAUUAUGAAUGGUGCACACCCAUCAAGAACUAAUGCUCAUAGUUCUUUUUGAGCCACCUGGUACCAACAAAAAGAUUAUUGAUUUGUUAAUGGAAUCAGUACAGUAUUCUGUGAUGAUUUGUUAAACAUGAAAAUAUGGUCUUCUGUAAUACUUUCUUGAAGCAUGCCAUAUGUUCUUGGAGAGAGUAAAAAUGUUGGAAUUGUGUAUUGGUAGUAAUGGUAGUCACAAUUAUAUUGGAAGAUGUAUAGGAAUUGAUUUAAGUUAUAGCAUUUUGUGUUUCAUUCUCUUGAAAUCAUUUUUGUGUCUUGAUAUGUUAUUAUUUCUUCAAUUGAAUAAUGUCAUUUCAUGUGCACACUUCUUUCAUUUUGAAAGAAGUUUUAUAGUUCAUAAAAUAGAAUAUAGAUUUGUUAAGCAUAGUACUUACAAUCUCUCUGCUGAAAUAUGAGUAUUAAUUUAUAGUUAAGAAAAACCAUUAAAUAUAUAUUGAAUUACUGAAAUUAUAUAGAUUAAGUUUGUAUAAAUGUGUAAAAAAGUAAUUAAAAUAUACCAAACUGUUACCAAUCAAAAGCUUUGUCAUGCGCAGAGGACUUCUUCGACUCGUUUGAGUGGGGAUCAAACAAAUUAACGUGAAAUCAAGCAAAAUUUCACAGAAGUUGGAGGAGAGGAGGACUCGGAAAUCAUGUCAGACUAGGGAAUGCAGUGCUGUUUUCUAGUCUGCUGUAUGGCGUCAUGUAGUGCCAUCAGUCUCAUUUUAAGCUGGGAUGAUUCCCAUUAGUUCUCUGACUUACAGGAAGUGAAAUCUAACAGGAUUAUAUGUGCCUGUCCUAAAUAGAUGUGAUGAUAACGAGCACAUUUGGGGAGGGGAGGGGGGUUAAAUAUCUGUUCUGUUUAACUGAGGGAGUGGGGACGCAUGGAAGAAAUUGUUUUAGUAGUUUUAGUAUUGAAACAAUUUAGUUGAAGACGAGUGAUAUCCUUGAUUUGCAAUGUUUGGUCUCCUUUGUUUGAUGUGAAAUGUUUAAGUUUUAUCCAAUGACAUUUAGACUUUGGUGUGAUAAAAAUAACCAGGCAAAUAGCUCCUCUUCAGAGCUGUGAAAAAUCCUGUUAUAACACAUUGCUCUAGCUUUGGUAUCAGAGUUAGAAAUAUAUAUAAAUAUAUAUUUAUGCUAGAGACUUAUUUACUUAUUUUUGAUUAUAGUGAACACUCACGGCACCAUUCCAUUCAGUUUUAAUGUACACCACAUAGUAAGAUGUAACUUUAGCUGUCACUUCAUUAUUUUCCCAUUGACCGUUUUAAUCGAAAUAUCAUAUUUCUUGGGUUAAAACUAAGGAUAUGAAUCCAGCAAAGAAUUUCAUCAGCUGCAGUAUGCACUGAAAGUUGCAAUAAUCAUUUUUUGAACUGAACUAUUAAAGUGGAAAUAACUGAGUUAUGAUGUUAAAAGAAACUGUUCAUGCAACUUUAAGGACAUGAAAUUUCAUAUGCACUGGAAACUUAACAUUGCUGUUGGGAUGAGAAAUUGUUCAGAAAGACUAAUAUAUCAAACAAAAUUAAUAAUUGGUAAUGCUAAAGUGAACAGAGGGUCAUACAGUGCAACUGCCACAUGAUUGUAUUCUUGAUAAGAAACUGUGUGGAAGGUUUUGGAAAUAUAUUCAUUUUAAAAAUGUAAAUUUAAGACAUAUGAGGCAGAUGAGAUUUAACCAGCAGAAAAUGGUUUUUAAAAAAUAUAAUCCAUGUUCUGUCUGAACAUACAAGGUUUCCAAUGAUCAUCAACCAUGAUCAUGAAUAUUUAGCCAGUGAUUUGUAUAUCUAAGUCUACCAUGUAUUUUGUGUCGGAAAGUUUUGUUUUGUGAUUACAUUAUUUAUCGCACUGAAAUGUAGUAAGGCGGGGGUAGUCAGAGGUGUAAGAAAAAUUGAAAGCAUUGUGUAAUGUGUUGGUUUUCUUGUUUGUAACUUUUUUCUUGUCAACAGUGUGGGGAAUGAAAAUGAGUGAGUGGUUAUUCCCUUUUAUCAGAUUCUUUAAGUUAUGGAAUGCUCACCUUCCUAUAAAAGCUUAACUCUCAAAAUGUGUACAGGGAAUGUUUCCCAUUUUGCAAACUAGGUACAUAAAGUGAAUAAAAAUUGUAUUAAAUGAAA